CAACUUGCGAAACCGCCUUUAUGAUAAUACGGACGAAACCAAGCUCAGAGGUUUGCUUACGAUGCCAGCUGUAUCUUUCCGGGCAGCUUCGCGCCAAGCGACCUCGAGCUUCGACUCCUGGACCAUUUGGAGGGUUUCGAGGCCGCAACCUCCAUGCGACUUCACGAAUAGCACAGGCGCAUGAGGAUUCGCCAAAGAAAGAAGCAGAAGAACACAAUGCCGAAUCUGAGAGCAAGCCAGACAACCAUGGUUCGGCGACCAGAACCUCUUCGUCUGUGCCAAACGGCGAACCAGAAUUCGUCUACCGAUUUGACCCUGAGAAACGACUCUCUGCACUUCCCCUGGACCGGAUGUACGGUGUCAACUCGACCCAGCUGAGAGAAAACACGAAAAUGCUGGGGGUCGACUCUCUGGGGAAGCCUGCGGAAGUUAUUGUGCUUCAAGAUUCCGGGACUCUGCGGUACGUCGCGCCACUACCAUUCCAGACGACGAUUGAGGCGCCGGUGGUGGACAUAUUGGCAGAAUUCAACAGUGAGAGGGGACUGAUUGGACGUGACGAAGUCAACGAUAAUAUCGAAACUCUUAAACCGCAGGAAAAGGUUUUGCCGUGGACGGAUAUUCGGGUUAUCGAAGACCAAUUGAGCGAUGGCUUCACAAUGGCACAACUAAUAUAUUACAUCGAGACAACUGAGAGGCAGAGGAUGGCUGCACUGGCUGAAAGUGCCGCCUCAGUUACACAAACUGGCAAGGCCGUGGAGGAGAAGGCAGAGACUGGUCAGCCGGUCGGCCAAGCGGUGGAGAUAAAGGCUCAGAACAUCAUACUCAGACAGUCACCAUGGAUGCCUGGGACGUCCGACCAAGGGGAUCACUUUGAUGAAAGCUCUCUACGUGGCUAUAUAUCCGAGGCAUUCACGCCAAAACAGCGCGUCGCCUUGAAUAUUAUACGGCUGUGUUGGGGCGUAGAAUCACAAGAGUUGGUGUCCUCAGUUGGUGAAAUGGAGCUGCAGGUUAAUAGCGCCGAUCUCGAUCUUCUACUAUCUCCAAAGGGACGGUCUGAUCCUCCGCUUCAAACAAUCAGCGACGAACUCAUUCGGGCCGACGAAGAAAAGAUCGAAAUAUUUCGCUCGAGACGCGCAAUCCGCGUCACCGCUACAAAGGCCAAGGCCAAGAUUAUUGCGGAGGGUAUUAGGUCAACUUUGGAAGGAGUGCAUAGGAUUGAAGUUCCGUUAACCGGUCUCAAGAAACCUGGGCGGAAGGUACAGGGAGUAGAAGAAGCCGAUGAGUUUGGCGAGCCUGUCUUGGCCGAGCUCGCGAGGCUCACAAAUACAGAAGUUCUGAGAGCUUCGAAAGACAAGCUUGGGGUCCAUGGUUUAGGCCGCAAACAAGGCUCCAGUUUGUCUACAAGUGCUGAUGCUGCGAGACGUUUAUUACUAUCCUCGUCAGAUGUGGCGGAUCGCACCGUCUACAGACAUGGAUUCAAAGAAACAGACAGUCCAGCCUAUGCCAUUGAUUACGAAUACCACCACACCAUGUCUUGGCGCAAUAGACUUCGUCGUUGGUCAAGAUGGCAAACUCCCAUUGAAAAAGUCGAUUCAGAAGAGGCACUUGGCAUUGAGGAAGGUGAUAAGAAAGAGUUGGAUCUGCCCCCAAAAGAAGAGGAGCAGGGUUUGACAAGCCAGGCCGAACAUAACGCCUUGGGGAAUUUAUCCAUGUCACCUCACCACAGAGCGAAUAAGGUGGACGAAGAAAAGGCGAGGCAAUAUGAGUUGCAGGAAUCCAAUCUCUGGAGCACAACCCCAAUUACGUCGACAUCGGCAACUGUUGGCAAUGUUCUCCACCAAGCCCUCCCAAGCUCUGGGCCCGUCGAUGUAUCUAAGCCAGUGCAGUUUGACGGAAAGGAGAUUUUGAACAGCCGCACUCUGUUCGCUCCUUCAACAAAGAAUUUGUCACGCUUGGUUAGUGGGAUGGGCAAUGACAGACACACGCGCACCUCUUCAGUUCUUACCAUGAAGUUCCUCCCGUCGCCCUGGGCAGGUGAGAAUAUGAAGCAGCUGAGCAAGUUCCCAACUCUCGAGAUGAUGUUCAGCAUGACAAGCACGGCGGAGAACAGGUUCAAACUGUCCAAUAUGGUGGCCAUUACAGAGGAUAUCUGUAGUGACGUUAUGCUUCCCGACAAGGCACUUGAUAUCCGUUUCAGACAGAAAACGUCAUUCCCAUUCAUUGCCGCGAAUCUAGAGGCACACCCGCAGAUUGCUGAGUUCCUCGAAGCGUCGCAGCUGGGGCAACGUUCCAAUGUCAUGACGCCUCCUGAGCUCGUCGUGCCAAUCCCCGAUUUCAUGUCCAGUCUGAAGGGUGACAAGGGGGCCGCCAGCAGUGCAUCGACCGCGGUUCGGUAUAUGUUCGCGGGCCUUACGUACCGAACCCAGAUCAGCUACGAUUUCCGAGACUGGCGUCUCCGAUAUUCAAGCGUCAACAGCGGGAAAGCAGACGGGCGCUGCGGCGAACUCACUCUACUUCCGAAGUACAAGAAAUCGAGUGAAGUGGUAGCCGGCAAGAGUGAGCGUGCCUUGAACCAAGAACUCACUGUGGAUUAUAUCAAGUCUGCAUAUGCUCUCGUCGACACCCUUGAGGGUCUUGAUAAACCUGUGGCGCGGAGGACUGAGUCGAACGAGUUGAAGCCCCCACGGAGUCCAGAUUCACUGGUCGGGUACGAGUAUAUACCAUCGGUGCAAUACACCGGACCAAAUCGUACAAGCACGCCGCAGCAAUUCAAAUAUUUCGAUAGGGACAUCAGCUUCGAAGAUGAGAAUGACGAUACGGCAUGGUGAGCAAGCAUUUAUGGAGCCAGCGACUGCGAACUGGCGACUGUGUAAUUAUAUAGAAUGGAGACGCUUUGGGUUCAGGGGCCUUUCAGAGACGUCCAGGUGGAGCAAGGGAGCUAAUCGACGAGCGGGAAGAUAACGGGAAUAUGGGGAUGCGGGUUUGGCCAUGGGCCCUGUACUGUAUGUAGCAUUUUCUGGGCGCUUGGCAUGCAUGGCGUUGGAUUCUGCAAGCGUGGUGAUUAGAUGUAAGAUAUGUAACCGUUGUACGUACAAGCUAUGCAUAAUGUCUGAAGCCGAGUGAAUGAUCAACGGAUGAAGUGACAGGCUUGCAUCUGAGGCUCCAGAAUUUGCAUUACUAGCUAUGAAGAGGGGUCUGCCUCCCUAUACGGGCAAGCCGGCGUGUGUUAAAAAAUGAAGCUCCACUCAACGCUCCGCGCACACGACGAGUGGCAUAACAUUAUAUGCCGGUCCCAGAUAAUUCUGUUGCCCUAGAGACAGAUGACCAUAUCUUCAAAAGGCUCGCUGAAGAUUCAUGAUUCAGGGUCACAAAAUGACUCUGCCAGAAAAACAGGGUUGGGUCAUGGGAAAGUUUGGUCUGCAAAAAAAAAAAGCUUGCAGGUGGGGGGAGAAAUGCUAGGCAACCCCUCCCAAAAAAAAUCUGCAUUGGGCAGGCGAUGGGCACAGCUCUAUACAGGCGGCAAAAUAGAAACAGAG